AUGUACGGGAGGGUGACUAAGGAGGAUCCGUCUGGAGCGGCAGCAGCAGGAGGGGAGGGAGCAUCGACGGACGACAAUGAGAUCGAAUUCAAUCCGACGGGUCCUGUUCCACGAGGCUACGCCCGAUGCCGUCCGUUGGAGGAGAUCCUAGACGAACACGCGAUCCACACCGUUGAUUUCGCGAGUAUAGACGUCGAGGGCGCGGAAGCAUCGGCGCUUCACUGCUUUCCGUUCCGAGCCUACGACAUCCGAACCUGGCUUGUAGAGACGGAUAAGGCCGGGAAGGACUUAUAUCGAAUCUUUAUGCGAGCGGGGUAUGCGCUUGUAACGGAAGUCCUGUGCCCUCAGAACCGGCUACACUCCGCCUUAACCCACAUGGGCGUAAAACUAGACUCAAUUUUCCGGCGAGUUUCCCCUGGACCCUUUUCACCCUCCAGCGGCCCGGCGUGGUUGCCGGGGGGGGAGAGGGCGGGUAAGGGGCCUGAACCGUCGUGCAAGCACAAGGCACCGUGUGAGGAGCAGGUGCCUCAUUUGGAGGAGGAGGAGGUGGAGGAGAGUAGCUUGAAGCUGAAGCUGGGGACGUGCAGGCGAGGGGGAAUGCCCAUGUCUGUGGACCCGGUUGCUUAUAGAGGGUGA